AACAAAACCGCGGUUAAAACCAACGCGUUCAAGCGAUUCGUGUAACUGACGUCAUCAACCCGUGUGUCAUCUUGAACCAUAUUAUAACCGCGGCACAUAACACAGAAAUUUUGGUUAUUCGCUUGGAUUUGAUUAUUAUGUGGGAGCGGUUUAAGCUAACGCCACCACAGAGCCAGCGCACAAACUGUCAAGGUUAAACGGAUGUCAAUGUCAAGUUGGAUGGGAUUUGUUGUUUUGAUUUUUUGAAACACCUGUUGAUACUUUGAAAGAGCACAAAAUCUUUAUUUUGAUAAUUUUGAGGAAAAUGAAUAAAGAAGGACUGUACAGGGAUUUGAGUACAGUGAAACAACAGAUAGGACUCGCUAAACAGUUUUUGGAAUCUCUUAAUAGUGUAAAAUUUGACAGAAAAAAUGUGUUAAGCUGGUUCAAAAAACUGUGUGGAUAUUUGACAGACAUAAUUCUGACGAUACUAGAAAUUCGAAGCAUUCUAGAAAAUCAUGUAUUAAAUAAGAAAACAAUGCUACUGUACCUUUAUCAGAUAAAUACAACAUUAUCACUAUAUAUUAACACAUUUGUAGCAGAAUGUGAGAUUGGAGAAGCUUUAAAUGAAGUUAGAAUAUUUACUACUAAAAAACUAUCAUCUUGUCUUGAUGGAAUCGAGGAUGUUUUAAUAAAGGGAAUAUCUACUUAUCCAGAAAAUGUUGGAAAUUUUAUUUUGUGGAUGGAUACAGCUUUAGAAAAAAUGUCCGAAAUUGAUCACUUAAAAGAAAAGGAAAAAUGCCUCAAAGCUUUCAGUGAUGCUAAGAUUCUGUUUGAAGAAGUGUUAAGUCAUGCAAUGUCUAUUGCACAGGUGUCUAUGAGUGAAGAUUACAAAAUUAUCCGAGGAAGCAGCCAGUCUGUUUUGGAAGGUCUAGAAUCAUUGUCAAACGAAAUUUCUAAGGAAAAUCCAAAUUCGGCUAUGGUGAAACUGUUUGCAGAAACAUGUUCUAACAAACUUUGUGCUCUAGAGCGUAAAGUCAAUGUAGCUGUAUUAAAAAUAUGUCUUAGUACGUUUGCAAAGUAUACUGACGACCUAGAGAAUAUACACAAGUUCUGCUUUAACACAGAAAAUAAAAGUAAACCUAGAGAUCUCGACAAUUUAGUUAUGGAAUUUGACUUACACGUAGAUAGAAUUAUGCAAAUUGGCCUAUUUGCUAUAUCAUGUUCUACAAAUAUGGCAACAUGCAUAAAGAUAAGAAGCUGCCUGGCUAGCUUGGAAGCACUAGAAAGCGAAUUAGUUCCCGCAUUCAACGCAGUGCUAUUAGAUUAUUGCAAGCAAAAUUGUAAUUUGGCAUCAAUUUUAAAAAACCAUUGGCUAAAUGAAGCAGUAUUACUAAAGAGGUUGAUAUGUGAGAUCAUAGAUCCUUUAGCAUUUUGUCAGAUCGUUCAUGAAGAAAAUAAGUAUUUAGUGCACACUUUGUCCUUAGAUGUUAAAGCUAAUAAGAGCAAAAUUGACAGAAGUGUUACAGAACAGGUUAUCCGGAACUCCAUAGUUUUAGACGAUUUUUUAAAACUGAUAACAUAUGAAGAAGAUAACAUAAUUCAUAUAAAAGAAAAUAUAUCUUUCUUACAAAAAAUUAUCCGUGAAGUUAAAGCGGCGAGUGAUGUGUUUCUUCCACAAGAACAGCCAGAAUUGAAUUUCAAGGUUUACAAAAGAUGUAAAAUUCUGUUAAAUGGCAUAUAUUCCUUAUGCAAAAAUUUUCUUGUCGAAAACUCCGAAAACAGUUUUUCUAAAGAAGAGUCACUGGGCAACGAGCAACCUGUCGUCACUGGAAAUGGAUUUUUAGAUCACAUCAUAAAUAGAGGAAAACAAAUAUUGCAAGACCGGAGUAUCUUAUACAGAAGCAAUAAAAUCGAAGCAUUCGACCUUAGGUCUACUACACUUAGCAAGAUGAACGCUUUGAAAGAAAAGAAUAAAUCGAUCCCACUAUCAAAGCUCGUGCACCUUCGGAAGAUUAGCUUUGUUCAGUCACCAACAAGAAAUCAAAUUAGCUGUGAACUACAAAUAACAGAUAUUGUAAAUGAACUGCGCAACAUGAGCCUAACAUUUGAAAAAUGCUGACUAUCGCUAAUAUGUUGAUGUUGCCUUUGGAUUCAUGUAGAAACAUACAGGACAAGAAUCAAGAGUCUCUGAUAAAUAAUUUAUAUUACAAAUUGUACCCUAACAAUGAAUGAUCACAGCAGCCAUUUUUCAUUUUUCUAUCAUUAGACUUGAGUACAGAGAACAAUAAAGUGGUUUUACCAACGAU